UAAGUUGUUUUGUUGUCUCGGUUUGCUCCAGUAAGAUAAAGGAAGUGUAAGCAAUCGGGCUGCUAUGUGCUUUGAAUUCAUUUGAAUAUAGAAAAUUUCGCUAGAGUAGUGAGAUGGCGUUUGUCAGCAACAAUAUUGCCGAAUCGACUGACAUCAAAAUGGAACCAGAAUUAAUGAUUGAUGACCACGAACUGUCGGAAAACGAUAACAAUAUUUUCGAGACAGGCCCAAUAGCGGACUUCGGAUCAAUGGAACAAAUAGUCCAAAUGCAAAUCAAGGGUGAAAACGGAGAGGUAUUCUUCAUAGGCGAAAUGGAUGAAGGAAGCGACAAUCCGACGGACGAAGGAUUAAUGAAAAAUUUUAUACAGUUACGCUCGGGUGAACGUUCCUAUUCUUGUUCACGUUGUUCUAAGGCGUUUAAGCGUCAAAAUGUGCUCAAAACACAUAUGUUAAGUCAUACUGGUGAACGUCCCCAUCUAUGUCCACAUUGUCCGAAAACGUUUAAGCACUAUACAACGCUCAAAAUACACAUUAGAACUCAUACGGGUGAACGUCCCUAUUCUUGUCAACAUUGUUCGAAAACGUUUAAGGAUCCAUCAGCACUCAAAAAUCACAUUCUUAAUCAUACGGGUGAACAUCCCCAUCUUUGUCCGCAUUGUCCAAUGGCGUUGAAGUAUUCUACAGCGCUCAAAAUACACAUUCGAACUCAUACGGGUGAACGUCCCUAUUCUUGUCCACAUUGUCCGAAAACGUUUAAGCAUUCUACAGCGCUCAAAUUACACAUUCGAACUCAUACGGGUGAACGUCCCUAUUCUUGUCAACAUUGUUCGAAAGCGUUUACGGAUCCAUCAGUACUCAAAAAUCACAUUCGAACUCAUACGGGUGAACGUCCCUAUCCUUGUCCACAUUGUCCGAAAGCGUUUGUGCAUUAUUCACCGUUCAAAAUACACAUUCGAAAUCAUACGGGUGAACAUCCCUAUUCUUGUGAACAUUGUUCGAAAGCUUUUAAGACUUCAACAGCACUCAAAACUCACAUUCGAACACAUACGGGUGAACGUCCCUAUUCUUGUCAUCAUUGUUCGAAGGCGUUUAAGGAUCCGACAAUACUCAAAAAUCACAUUCGAACUCAUACGGGCGAACGUCCCUAUCCUUGUCCAGAAUGUCCGAAAGCGUUUAAGAAUUCUAGCACUCGCAAGCAGCAUCUUCGAACUCAUAUGCGUCAACGUCAAUGUUACCCAAGAAAACACCCGAAUACACAUGGUGAAAAUACAAGCGAUCCGGCGCAGGAAUCACAGGUGGCCUUAAAGGAAGAGACAACUAGAUGAUGAUGAAUCCAUUCGUUGUUGUUGAAAGCGGUUGGAUAAUAAAGUAAGUCCAUAGGAUGAAUGAUUUCAAAAGUUUAACAAAAAAUUGAUCAAAUAUCAAAUAGCAAAAAAGAAAGCAAAUCAGGAUGGAGUAGGCAUAGGGUCACUUCAGGGUUAUUGCUCAGAAGUUGUUGAUACUCUACCAGAAUUUCCUGACAACACUUCCACUGAAAAAUUGUGGGGGUAUCUGAACA